AUGGGGGCUCCUGAGCUCUGGGGGGCAGUGGAGCUGCUGUCCAGACACAAGAUGAGUGGCGGGUAUGAUCUCAACCUCUUCACCAACCCUCCCGACUGCAAUUUCCUGUGCUCUGUCUGCCAUGGGGUUCUCAAGAGGCCAGUGAGGUUACCAUGCGGCCACGUCUUCUGCAAGAAGUGCAUCCUCCGGUGGCUAGCCAGACAAAAGACCUGUCCCUGCUGCAGGACAGAGGUGAGGAGGAGAAAGAUGGUCCAUGUCAAUGCUCUCCGGAGGACCAUCAGCCGCCUGGAAGUCAAGUGCAAGAACGCUGAAGCUGGCUGCUUGGUGACGUGCCCCCUGGCGCGUCGCAAGGGGCACCAGGACUCAUGCCCAUUCGAGCUGAUGACCUGCCCCAACGAGGGCUGCUCGGCGCAGGUGCUGCGCGGGGCCCUGGCUGAACACAAGCAGUGCUGCCAAGUCAGUAGCCCGCAGCGUUGCCCCCUGGGCUGCGGGGCCACCCUGGGCCCGGCCGAGCGUGCCCGCCACAACUGCUAUCGCCAGCUGCGGGAGGCCUGGAGCCGGCGCCAGGAGCGCAGUCGGGCCCUGCUGCUGUGCCUGCUGCGGCGCAUGCGCAAGGUGCACCGCGCCACCAACCUCAUCCGCAGGCAGCUGGCCCAGCUCGAAAAUUUCCUGGAGGAUGAUGCCCUGCUCUUGGGGCAGGGCGCCCCGCAAGAGGCGGCCGAGGCCGCCCCAGAAGGCAGCCCUGGGGCCGAGGUGCGGGAGGCCCGUGGUACCUUGUAAAUAGAAGGGCAAAUAAACUCUGAGGCCAGGCCUGGCCCGCCCCGCCUAACCCUGGAGCCGCCCUGAUCACACUGCGCCCCGCACACCGGCUCGCCUUUCUCCCU